GGGAAACGCGGAGAGUCCUCAGCAGUAGCAGCCCAGCAGCAGCCCAGCAAGCCGGGGGGCAAAGCGGCAGCCCCAGGAAGAUGUUGAGCCCUCUCCAGAAAUGCGGCUCUGAGGGCUGCCUCCUAGACUGUGACUUCCUGCCCUGGCACCGGAGCACCCUCCACAAGCGACAGCAGAGCCGCGAGGAGUCGGGACCAGGCAAGGAGCACCAGGGGCAGGAGAAACCGUGUCUCCCGAGCAUCCACUUGGAGGUUUCGGAGGCAGCCUGCUGUCCCCAGCCCUCAUUGCAAGACCCCGGAGGGGUGUGGCGAUCCUGCAGCGAGGGGCGUUUGGACCAGAAGGGGGCGCCGCGCCAAGGGGAAACUGAAGUGGCGGACAAAACAGGAAGUGGGUGGAGUUUGCCGUCCCCCAAAUCGUUGCGGAAAGAGCGGCGGCUGAGAGGGAAAGUUGCAGCGGCGAAACAGCACUUGCGGAAUCUCUUUGGAGGCUCAAAUAAAUCUCUGGCAUCGAGUGUGGAAUCAGACUUGGGAUCAGAAUGUGAUCACAGCCAACAGCAGACACGACAGAGGCAAAAACACCGCCGCAGGAGGAAUAAAAGAAACUUCCUAAGGCUAUGGAGUUCAGGAAAUCAGGAUAUGCCUUCUCUAAGGCCAACUCCUAAGGAGGCCCAAGAAUGGGCUGAAUCUCUGGAAAAGUUAUUGCUUCACCCAUAUGGCCGAUCUGCCUUUCGCUCUUUCUUGGAGUCAGAAUUCAGCGAAGAGAACCUGGACUUUUGGUUGGCAUGCGAAGAAUACCGGAAGCUCCGGGGCUGCGACAAACUCCAAGACAACGCCAGGAAAAUCUAUGACCAAUACGUCACCAUCCAGGCUCCCAAUGAGGUGAACCUCGAUUCCCAGACCAGAGAUGUCACCAACCGGAAUAUUUUGCUCCCCACCCGCUCGUGCUUCGAACAGGCCCAGAGACGUAUCUUUGGUCUAAUGGAGAAGGACUCGUACCCCAGGUUUCUCCGUUCCCUCGUUUACCUAGCCUUGGCACAGCCUAACGGACAGCACAUCAAUGGCCCCCUGUAAAACUGCCCUAUUAGGCCUUUGUUCUAUUGUGGGGUCGACCUAGGCGAAGAGACACCCUUCUUUGGACUGGAAUUCCCCGGUUGGGCCGCUUCGGAUGUGCACAGCCAAGAAGAAGCGGGAGAGAGGGAUUGAUCUGGUCCUCCGAGGCUAACGACCAGCGCUGACAAGAUGGUGGACUUGUCUCACACACACACACAAAUAAUUUUUUUGUGGAUACAGUAGAUCACGGAAAGUUGGAGCUUUGCCCAUUUGGCUUGGGCAUGUGUUUUGUGGACUGGUGUGAAAAAAUAUUAGAAUUCUAGAAUCA